ACUCUACCAUAAUGAACAUCUAAAAUAAUGCUGUAGAUGCCUUGAUCUUAUAGUUGGUACCUGGCUAGGUGGUGUCUGUGUAGUAACAUAAAGCAAGACCUCCUGACUCUGAGGACUUCAGGUCAGCAGCCCUGAUCUUGCAUCUUGCACAGUAGGUGGAAGUGGAGACAAUAUGAAAAUAUGCCUCUGAAGCUGUUAAAUUAGGGUAACAAAUCCUGCAUAAACAGUUGAUGAGCAUUCACAAUGUUACCGUUUGCACAGUCUGUAGGAUUCUAUCUACAGGGGACCAUGAUCGUCAGUACAGAACUAAAGGACAAUCCAAUUGUUGGAACAAUAAAUGAGACUUAUCUGUAACUGUAAAAAUGAAAAUAAUUCAUCUUAAUUUAUCAGAAAAUGUAUUCAAAUGUCUGAUCCACACUAGAGGUUAACUGGCCAGAUUUCAGUCCCGCUUGACAAUCGUGGGUGUCUUGAUUUUAAGCUGAUUUGAACAGAUUACCUGGCCCAAUUAUCCUGUAGUGUGAGGGAUUAACAGAUAUGAUUUUAACAUCAUCGGACGCAUCAGAAUCUUCCAUGAUAUCAAUCGUAAGUAUUGAACAUUUGAUAUUAAUGACAGUGAUUGGGAUAACCAAUAAGAGAGGGUUGAUGUUUCUAUGUAGAACCAUGACUCGUAUAAGCCAAGUUGAUUCCGUCUUCUCAGCCACGACUGCAUCCACAGUUUUUCUGCACACACGACAGCUAUGGACUAUUAACGACACAGACUCUCCGCCUCCAUGUCUGUUUAUACUCUGAAGUCGCGUUAAAUCACACGAGUUUCCUUGAGAAUCCCUGGAAUCUCCUCCCUGAAAUUGUUUGAUUAAAUUAAGGAUUGUCUAGCCUGUCUAGUUAUGUGUGUUGUGUGUGUGAUCUCCCUUGUUUUUUUGUUUGUUUGUUUUUUACAUCAAAUCACGUUUGAAAAUCUGACAUACCGCAGCUUUAAUGCAUCAAAUCUCAUGGGGUUUUGGUUGAGUUUGAGAGACUUAAGACUCAAACUAGAAUCUAACUUAUAUCGUCGUCCUCUGGUUGUCUUCAACCUUCACAGCGCUGUCUCUGCUCUGUGUGUGUGUGUGUAGGUGGAGUUUGUGUUUUCAGUAAAGAGUGUAAAGUGAAACUUGAGGACGGGAGAGUAGGAGGAGUGAAGCAAACCGGAGCGGCCACUUCCUAAAAACAAAUUCCGACGCGCUCUGUGCGAGACUUGUCAUGUUGUUGUCGCACACCUUUAAUGUACCGCCACUGCCUGUAGUACAGAAGAAGUGAGUACAGCUCCACUGCUGUUUCACUCCUGUACUGUGAACCCCGUGAGCAGCGCGCUGCGGUCACUGUGAACACUUUUUAUUUACCUUCAUGGAAACGGACAGUCUGCUGAGCGGCAGUGUGAACGGAGCCUCCCCGGACUAUGGCUCCCGGCCGGGCCCAGCGCAGCGCGGGGCCCCCGAAAGGAGGCGGAUGUCGUACUCGGUCGCCGGGGAGUCGUGCAGUGUGGAGAGGGGAGCAGAUGAGGAGGAGCUGUACAUCCAACAAGCCAUUGUAUUCAUAGAGGACGCCAUACAGUACCGGUCCAUUAACCAUCGAGUGGAUACCAGGUCGCUCUACCUGUAUCGAUGGUACUACUCUAAGAUAUGCCAGUGGGGCUUGGGCCUGAGCAUCGCAGUGUUGUUGCUGUUGGCCUUCGUGGAGCGCCCGUCCUCGUUGUCUCUCUCCUCAGACCCCCGAUAUCGCUCUCCACCCUGGGAGCCGCCCUGUGGCUUAACCGAGAGUUUCGAGCUGCUCUGCCUCGUCAUCUUCACUCUUGACCUUAUUGUCAAGAGCUACUUGAUUGGUUGGGAGGAAUUCAGGAAGAGCAAAUGGCUAAUUGGCUACACUGUAGUCCUCUCAGUCUCCAUCAUUGACUGGGUGCUGUCCAUCAGCAUGGUGUGUGAUGAGAAACUGAGGGUGCGGCGACUGCUCCGGCCCUUUUUCCUCCUGCAAAACUCCUCGCUGAUGAAAAAGACACUAAAGUGCAUCAAAAGGACUCUGCCAGAGAUUGCCAGUGUCAUCCUGCUGCUGGCGCUCCAUCUCUGCCUGUUCACCAUGAUCGGCAUGCUGCUGUUUGCUAAAACUGAGGAUCCAAAGAAUAACGGGGAGUGGAAGGCGUAUUUCAGAAACCUGCCAAAGUCUCUUACCUCCCUGCUAGUGCUGCUCACCACAGCCAACAACCCAGAUGUGAUGAUUCCCGCCUAUAAGCUGAACAGAGGCUACGCCAUUUUCUUUGUCGUCUUCAGUGUGAUCGGCACCUAUUGUCUGAUGAACCUCCUGACAGCCAUCAUCUAUAACCAGUUCAGGGGAUAUUUGCUGAUGUCAGUCCAAACGUCCAUCAUCCGGAGACGACUGGGGAUCCGCGCUGCUUUCCAAGUCCUCAGCUGCCACGAAGCCCAAGAGGCUGCCGAGGAGCACGUGCGUGUUGAUUCAGUGCUGCAGGUGAUGUCCAGAGUGGAGAUGAAAAGCUACUACAAAACAGCUGUCACUACGGAGGCGCAGCAGUAUGCAGACGUCGGCUAUAUGAGUUUGGACCAGUUUCGCAAGAUAUUUGAUGAACUGGAUAAAGAUCGCAUCAAGGAGCACCCUCCCUUGCCUCAGUACAACUCUCCAGUCCUGCAGAGACUCCAGACGAUCUUCGGUCACUACUACUUCACUAUAGCUGGCAAUGCAUUGGCACUCGCCAACGUCAUUUGCAUAUGUACCAUCCUUGUACUCAACUCGGAAAUGUCCACAGCAGAAAGAGACAAUGUGGUCUUGGAGAUCAUCAACCUGUGCUUCAUCCUCUACUACCUGUUUGAAAUGUGUGUGAAGAUCUUUGCCUUAGGGUGGAGAGGAUACAUUUCCUACAGGAACAACAUCUUUGACGGCUUCCUCACCAUCCUGCUACUGGCUCUUCAGAUCACUAUUUUUGUCACCUACAGGCUCCCUUAUAACUGGAACACACCCUCACACCAUGUCGUGUCUCUGUGGGAGAUGGUCUGCUUGGUCAACAUGCUGAUCGUCUUCCGCUUCUUGCGCAUCAUUCCAGACAUCAAGCUCAUGGCAUUGGUUGCAAGCACACUCAUGGACCUGGUGAAAAACCUCAGAGCAUUCGCAGGGAUCCUGGUGGUGGUGUACUAUGUGUUCGCCGUGUUAGGCAUCUGGCUGUUUGAAGGCGCCAUUAAACCUCCUCCAGAGACAAGUGUGAUCUCAAAUACCUCCAUGGCAAACAUCACGUCUAACUUCAGUGUGGAGUGUGGCACCUAUGAACAGCUUGAAUACUGGCCAAACAACUUUGACGACUUUGCCGCGUCCAUCAUUUUACUGUACAACGUCAUGAUAGUGAACAACUGGCAGGUUUUCAUCGAGGUGUACAGCAGAUUCACCACGGAGUGGGCUAAGGUCUACUUUGUGUGCUGGUGGCUCACCUCCUCCGUCAUGUGGGUCAACUUGUUUGUGGCGCUCAUCUUAGAGAACUUUACCUACAAGUGGGACCGCAGUCACAGCUGCUCUGUUACAGAUGUGGAGAGGAUCAGAUAUCAAACCUCUGUUCAGCUCAUAUUCCGGGAGCAGAUCCAGGAGCCUACAGAAGAGGAAUUAAUGUGUCAACUACACCAACACCCACACUUACACAUACAAUAGACACACACACUGUGUGGUAUAUGCACUGAGAGGUCAAAGAAAUGUACUACUUGUUUAUUUUAAUGUGUAUAAUAUGUAUAUCCGCAAAUUGACAUGGAGCUACUCUGAUGGUGUCACUAUCAACCAAAUCCUCAUCAGUGGAAAAAAAGGUGCAGGUCCUUCCUAGGUUGUUGACGCCAACACUGACCACUGAAACUCAGGAAUGUAGUCAAGCAGUGUGAACAACUCUAAAUGUCACCAAAGUAAACAGAAAUCACUUUGCUGGUCCUCAGCUAUUAAGUAAUAUGCUACUAUCGUUACUACGUAAAUCAGCAGGAAAACACUUGUUUUAUUAUUGCUGUUUUGUUUUAUAAACCACUGUGAGCUGUCGCUGUGGUCUUGAGGUCAGGAACUUAAAAGUCCCAGGGACUUAUUUGAAAUGAAUUUGAAUAAGAGGUUUUUGGACACAUAAGGCCAUUUCAGUCCAGUCCACCAGGUGGUGGUGAUGCACCAUGUCAUGCGGUACAGCAGUUGAGUUAGAGAGCUUAAGUUCUGAAGAAGACAACCAACUGUAUGCCUCUUGGAUGAGAUGUGAAACACCUUUAACUUAAUUCAAGUUUCAUUGCAAGUCCAGUUGUCUUUAACUAAACUACUGAAGAUGCAAUGACCUGGGUGACUGAGAACCUUCACAGACAUGAAGUAUUGUGAUGUCACUUUUGCUGUUGUGCAGGAGCUGAUGCCAUUGUGCUGCAUUGUAAUCCUAGAAUUGGUUUUUAGAAAUUUUAAAUGGUGCUCGUUUAAAUACGUGGAACCAGGAAAAUACAGCUUCUCCAUUUACCUCUAUCAUUUCUCGUUCCGUCCAAGUGUUUUUCUCAAAACAGGUCUUUACCGAAGGCACCAAAUGUGGAAGUUGAAUAAGUACAUUUGGGAAUUGAAAUAAUUGGGUAAAUGUGUGGAAUACCCUGGGAAAAACAGUGACUAAUCAGCACUCAAAGAUCCACUACACACUAUGAAACACAAUCUCGAUCAUUGGUAAAUGUUCUAAAAUGCUUCUGUUGCACUUUGAUGAGAUGCACUUUCCUCAUAGACCAAAACCUGGUCCUUUGUUUACAGCGUGAAACGGAUUCACUGAGAUUAUCCGUCACCCAAAGGCUCAGUAAAUAUGACCUACCAGCCUCUGUACAAGUGUAAAAAGGGAUUAAUGUCACUGUUAUUUUUCUUUAUUGAACCAAGUUUACUUUGUUUAUAGAAAUAUAGUUUUAGAAAAAACAUUACUUCAGGAAAAGAUUUUUGUACUUUUUUUGUUGGGAUAUGUACAAGUUAAAAGUAAACAUACAAAUGUAACAUCUGAAAUAUGUUGUGAAAGAAUUGUGAAAAAAUAUAUUUUAAUAAAUAUUUUGCAAAGAU